AGAAGGUUGAGCACUAUUUCCGGGAACCAGUAAUCUGCGUGCACCUUCCUGGUGGAGAGGGAGAUGCAGCCCGUAAUCCACAAACCGAACUCAACAUGUUCAGGAUUGAGAGCUUGGGACCGAAGCUAGACCCGGAGGAACUAAAGCAGAAGAUGAGUGAGGACGUGGUCUCCUCAGUAUGCAACUUUCUCCUCUACGUGGCUUUCCCGCGCCUUACACCCUAUAUUUUAAAGAAGUUGGAUAGCAUAUGAAGAUCAUAGUAGAAGACAGACAUUGGCAUGUGAGAGCAUGAACUUAGAGUAUGGUUAUAUUUUCUCUUCCCAUUUGCUAAUGAAGGGGCACAAAAAGGCUUUAGAGACUUCUGGUACUGAAUAGAUAUGAAAUCUCCACUUAACUAAGAAUGAGUUUGACUUUGUUGAAAAUGCCAACAACCUGAAAGCAUUAAGUUGUUUGUUUGUUUUUUCUCUUUCACACAGUUUAAGAAAUGUAAGCAGUCUUUGGAUUUGUACUGCUAUAUCAGUGUCAUACAACUUUCAUACAUUUUGGUUCAGUUGUAAAUAGUUUUAUCAAACUACAUUUUGAACUGAGUACACCAUGUAAAGGAGCUACCUCUGAAAUUCUUCUGUUCAACCUCGUGCCUCUGUGAGGCAUUGUGAAAUGCAUGUGCAUGCGUUGUGAAAGAUUUUCUUGUGAUUAUUUUUGUUGAAAUUGAUCCCAUUAUACAGUAUUCUGAGUCUUUAUUUUUAAUA